CCUGAUACCAAAAAACUAGUCGUUAGAAACGUAACGGCUAGAUUUUAGUUAAACUUCAAAAUAUCUCAUUUCAAAUUCUCACUCCUCUUUCUCUUUCCUUUUCAAGAACUCCCAAAUCUAGCACUCUCUAUCUCUCGUCUCUCUUAUCUCUUCUCUCUCUGUAUCUGCAAGUCGAUCUGUCAUCUCCAUACAGCUUUCGUGGUCUCUCUCUCUCCUCUGAGUCCGAAACUGAAUCUUGAACUUUCUGCGUUCUCUUUUCUUCCUAUGGCUCCCACGCCAUCUUCAAAAGCAAACCAAACCCACCCGACCCAGAUCAAGACCCCGCAAUCGAAGCUUCGCAUUAAUUUCAAUGCCAACAAAACGAACCCAUCUCCGAAUCCGCACGCGGCGGCCAAAGAAGCCCCACAAGACCACCCGGUCGAAGUUAUCACCCGGAUCCGCGACUACCCGGAUCGAAAAGAAAAACCCGUAUCGGUUUUGCAAAUCAAUUCCAACAACCAUUCUAUCCGGGUUCGAGCCGAUUUUGGCUACCGGGACUUUAGCCUCGAUGGGGUUUCUAUGUCUGAAGAAGAGGACCUUGAUGUCUUUUACAAAAAGUUCGUGGAGUCGAGAAUUAACAGUGUGAAGUUAGGGGACAAGUGCACGAUAAUGAUGUACGGCCCGACUGGUUCGGGCAAGAGUCACACAAUGUUCGGGUGCUCGAAGCAGCCGGGGAUUGUGUACCGGUCUUUGAGGGAUAUUCUUGGAGGUGGGGAGGAAGAAAGUGAUGGCAAUGAUGUGCGUGGAACGUUUGUGCAAGUAACGGUCUUGGAGAUUUAUAACGAAGAAAUUUUUGAUCUUUUGUCGAGCAACGGUGGAGGAGGAUUAGGCCUCGGAUGGCCUAAGGGCAGUACAUCCAAGGUGAAACUUGAAGUAAUGGGGAAAAAGGCAAAGAAUGCAGCGUAUAUUUCAGGAAAUGAAGCUGGAAAGAUUUCUAAGGAGAUACAAAAAGUGGAGAAACGAAGGAUUGUUAAAAGCACUCUCUGUAAUGAAAGAAGUUCUCGUAGCCACUGCUUGAUAAUCCUUAAUGUCCCAACAGUGGGAGGACGCCUGAUGCUUGUGGACAUGGCGGGAUCCGAAAAUAUUGAGCAAGCUGGUCAAGUUGGAUUUGAGGCUAAAAUGCAGACAGCAAAGAUCAACCAAGGAAACAUAGCAUUGAAAAGAGUGGUUGAAUCCAUUGCAAAUGGUGAUUCCCAUGUGCCAUUUAGAGAUAGCAAAUUGACCAUGCUUCUGCAGGAUUCUUUUGAAGAUGACAAGUCAAAAAUUUUAAUGAUACUGUGUGCAAGUCCGGAUCCAAAGGAGAUACACAAGACGAUCUCUACCCUUGAAUAUGGAGCAAAAGCAAAAUGUAUUGUCCGUGGCCCUCAUACGCCAAAUAAGGAUAAGAUUGGCACUGAAGAUUCUUCAUCUUCAGUAAUUUUAGGAUCAAGGAUUGCUGCCAUGGAUGAAUUUAUCUUUAAGCUACAAAGGGAGAACAAACUCAGAGAGAAAGAGCGAAAUGAAGCACACAAAGAGCUCUUGAAGAAAGAAGAAGAAGUUGCUGCACUUAGAGCUAGACUAGAGCUUAUUGAAGGGAGGGGAUCAGGGGCAAGUGAGGAGGAGAUCAACUUAAAGGUGAAUGAGCGGGCUCAGAUUCUGAAACGUGAGCUGGAAAAGAGAUUGGAGGAGUGCCAGAAAAUGACCAAUGACUUCGUUGAAUUAGAGAGGAGGAGAAUGGAAGAAAGGAUAUUGCAGCAACAACAGGAAGUUGAAAUGCUGAGACAGCGGUUGGAAGAGAUUGAGUUGGAGUUAUGCCGUUCAAAGGAUGCAAGUGCUGAUGACAGUGCAUUAAAGGACUUGGAUGGAAGCAGGUUUGCCAAAAGGCUAAUGGGGAUUUAUACCAAUGAGGACCCAGGAAUGGUAAAAUCAAUGGACUUGGACAUGGAUGAUCAAGAACCGAUUGUUCGUGAGGUGAAGCAUGUCGGUGGGAUUGUUUACAAACCUGCUGGAAUCCAUGGAAUUUUGGAGGAUCAGUCUCAUCUAGUGGAGGAUCAUGAUGUUUUUGCGUCAAAAUUUGGUGACAAGUUAUGUCUGAGCACUGUAUUUGAGGAAGAAGAAGUAGAAGAAGGAGAGGAUGAAAAUGAAGAGAGAGUGUCAGAUGAAGAAGUGGAGAAAGAAAUCAUAGAGGAGAAGAGGGUCUGCGUGGUUGAUCAGUGUAGCCCUGUAAUCAGAGUUGAGCAAACACUAAAUCCGCCUAGCAGAAGCCCAAGGAAAAGAGACCAUCUGAAGGAAAGAUUAGAGGGUAGGCUUUUGGGCUCGGAAUUAAUAAGUGAACCAGAAAAUUCUAAGGAAUCAGCCUCUUCUAGACGAUUGAGAAUCCAAAAUAUAUUCACACUUUGUGGGAAUCACAGAGAGUUGUCUCAACACAUCAGGACCCCAACACCUGCAAAAAAGAGGUCUGGAACCAUUGAUUCUCAAUCAUCUCCAGUAAUGAAAACUGGGGAGGAUUUCAUUGUGAAAAAUUUCAACAAGGAGAAUUUGGAGGCCCAGAAAUGCAUGCCCAUUCCAGAUUUUGAAUCCAAAAGCCCAGCAGCUACUGUGGAGCCACUUUCAUCAGUAAAAGAAGUUAAUGAGAAGAAGCUCACAGAAUCACAGUUGAACAAGAAGCAAGUGUACAAUGAUGUGGCUUCGGCUUUGAAGGAGAACUACAAUCCAUAUGAUGGCAAUGAUGCAAAGAUUGAAGUGUAUGUGAAAUGGGAGGCUUCCAGGGAAAUUCCUGGGAAGUUCAUUACCACGCUAAAGGUGGCAAAGGAUGCAAGCCUUGCCGACCUGAGGAAGUUGAUUGAAGUCAGUCUUGGUGCAGCAGACAGUCAAGCAUUCACUUUUCUCGUGAUUGGGGAUGCUAAUGGAGCUCCAGUUCCAAGAGAGAAGGAAGGAAUGGUACAGGCCAGCAAACUUCCACUUUGCAACAACCAGGCGAAUGGCCGCUUAGCAUGCUUGCGACCAGCAAAGGGAAUACAAUGUCCUCCUACUCAUCUCCCACCAAGCCCGCUUCCAUUGAGGCCACUGGAAAAUAAAUUGCCACUCACCCCAAAUUCCUGCUUCUCGCAUCCGGUCGACGGUUUAUCACCAAACUUGAGUUCUACCCCCUUUAUUACUGUUCGAAGGCAUCAGUUGGAACAACUUUAGACAUGUCUGAACUUUUGAACGAGUGGUGCUGUAUACUUUUUUAGUAUAUUGAAUAUGCUCCUCCAUUUCCUUA